AUGUCUGCGUUGUAUGGUAGUGCCAACGAAACCCAACUUCUAUUCACAACCCAUCUUGCUUGCGUCACCGAGUCACAGAUUCACAGUAUUCCUGUCCAGGAUCCAUCGUCUAGGAUUCUCCGGAGGAUGAGCCAGGCUGUCUGUGCAGUGUGCACCUAA